AUGGCUAGUGCUUGGCUAGAUAGCCAUGGGUCUAGGACUGUUCGAGCUGGUGAUUGUGGCGACAAUGGGCUAGAAUCAGUGGUGGUCGAAGAGGAUGGCAUCGAUGGCAGGGAGAGGUGGGUGAUAAGGUGGUUCGAUUAUAGGAGAGAAAAAGGUGGAACAGUGGUUGAAAACGAGGUGAAGGAUGCGGGUUUAAUGGCAGGAGAGAGAGAGAUUUAG